ACUUCAAGAUAGUUCAAUCAGGUUAUGUGUAACGGUGCUGAAGAAACCGCGUCUUUUUUUCGCUUUUUUCGUGUAAAAUUUUCAUAUUUUCCAAGAGAUUUUCCACUGCAGCUAAACCGAUCUCAAGGAUAAGAAAACAGCCCUCUCGGAUAUGGCUGCGAAUUUUCCAGACAGUUCCCGCCCAAAGUCUGGGGAGCAGGGUAAUUCUUCAAGAUCAGUGAGGGGAUAUCCGGAAAUCCCGGAGUGGUUCAUUAGAUCAAAUAUCUUUCAAGUUAUUCAGUGGUACUUGAAGGGCCAAGGGAGCGUCGCAAUUGACCAAAAGAAGAUCGAGUGCUAUCUGCUAUACUUCUACAACGUCUACACGGAGUAUCCAGUCUCCCGACGUAGUCCAAUUCUCAAGCUCGAUCAAUUGGUCUUUGAACCACCCCUGGGCACACUGAUGGACCAGCAAAUCUGUGCCAGGAACAACAUCAAAGUUUGUUACGUGUCAAUGCACAAGAAUAAUUUGAUUUUUGAAUGUGAACAGUUACUCUACAAUAUGUUGAUUGAGAAGGAGAAUGGAAUCCGUCGAGGAGUUGACUUCCCAUCGUAUGAUUCGUUCAUUGAGAAAGUCCUUUAUAUGUCCAGAAGGGAGAUUCCGAGAUUUAUGGAGCUUCUCGAGAAGCAGGACAAGGAGAGAGCUGACAGAGCGAUGGAACGAAGUAAAGAAGACAAGGAGGACGAAGAAAUUAUGGAAGAGCUUGGAGACUCGCUGAUAGCUCAUAGAAGCUCUCCUGCAUCCCAGUCAUGGAGUGAUUCCAUAGAAUCAGGCCCACCUGCCAGACUUCGAGAUAGAUCAUCGGAGAGUGAUUUCUCAUCACAAGAACGAGCGGAACAAGCUGGGAAUUCUUCUUCUUCACUUGAACAGGAAGCGUUUCAUCUGGAGGUUGGAGCUUCAGCCACCGAUGCUUCUUCAAGCAUGGGAAUCAAUAAUGGAACACGUCCUAUGACGGAAGUGAUUGAAAUUGAUUCCGAAACUUCCGAAGAUGGCAAUUUGAUCAACAUCAGCUGAAGUUGAUGAGGAAGUUCCUGGGAAGUGAAGAUAAUGCACUGAAGGAGUUGUUGAACAUCUGCUCGAGGGAUCCUCCCAAAAUUUUUCAAUUAUUUAACUAAAUUAAAUAUAUGGAAAUUAAGCACCAAAAGAAUUUGGUGUGUUAUAAUUUUUUUUUAAAUAAAAAGAACCUGAAGUUAAAAAAAAA